CUAAGGCAAUCGGGAACACAGUUAUAUAAUGAAACAAACAAAAAUAUUUAAAUCUCAUCUUCAAGUAAACACAUCACAAACAUUUAAAACAGCUAUUUCCGAAAAUGCGCGUCAUUUAUCUGUCAAACAGGCCGUGGCGAAUUUGGACAAAGCUUUUGAGUCGCAAUUUUAAUAAAUCGCUAGAAAUGUCGGCUAAUUCACCUCCUGGGAUAUGUAACGGAGAUGUACCCCUGGAACGAGGAGUCUCACCAAACCCAAUAGAAACGAUGGGUUCUAGAAUUCAGGACUCAGAUGUAGACUCAAUAAGAAGAUAUUUGGCGCAGAAACUGGGUUUUUAUGAACCGAUAAAGCCCACUACACCAGUUGAGAAAGUUUUAAAUGAAGUCAAUUUGGAUGGUGUUGUUAAAUGGAUAAAGAGUGAACGAUGCCAAAAUGUUAUUACAUUAUCUGGUGCGGGCAUCUCUACAUCUGCCGGUAUUCCUGACUUUCGAAGCCCUGAAACAGGCCUCUACCACAACCUGCAAAAGUACAACUUACCGGAACCUCAAGCUAUAUUUGAAAUAAAUUUCUUCAGACAAAAUCCGAAACCGUUCUUCACAUUAGCUAAAGAAUUGUUUCCCGGAAAAUUCAAACCCACUGUGUCACAUUAUUUUAUAAGGCUAUUACAUGAAAAGGGCAUUCUGCUACGUCACUAUACACAAAACAUUGAUACACUGGAAAGAGGUGCUGGUAUACCUGAGGACAAAAUAGUGGAGGCUCACGGCACAUUCUACACAUCACAUUGCUUGGAGUGCCAGAAAGAAUAUUCUUUGGAGUUUAUUAAAGAGAGGAUAUUCACCGAUCAAAUCCCCAUAUGUACGGCGUGUCCUGGUGUUGUUAAGCCAGACAUUGUGUUCUUUGGCGAGAGUCUGCCUGAGAGAUUCCAAAUGUGUCUUCAAGCUGACUUCCAGAAGUGUGAUAUGCUGAUUAUCAUGGGCUCAUCACUCGAAGUUCAACCGUUUGCAUCACUGAUUGAUAUGGUGCCCGAUUGGUGUCCGAGAUUACUAAUUAAUCGUGAAAAAGCUGGCUUGAAGUCUCCAUUGCUGAGAAUCUGGGGCCUAGCAGGAGGGGGGUUGCAAUUGGAGGAGGAAGCUGGGAGAGAUGUGGCCUGGCUCGGGGACUGUGACGACGGUUGUCUUGUGGUAGCUGAUAAACUCGGGUGGGGGGAAGAACUUCGCGCGCUCGUUGCCAGCGAACACGAACGGCUCGAACGUGAAGGGGGGUUGGCCUCCCCCCACAGCCCCAACCCCUCUGUAACACCUACAACCGACGAACCCAUCCCUGGACAGAGCGCAGUAACUACAGAGCCCAAGCUAUGAGCACCAUAAUCUUAAUCAAUUCCAAACGUAGUAAUUCCGGCGUUAUUUUAUUUUUUUAAGCAGGUCGCCAACUGUCACUUUUUGCAGCGUUUCAGUAGCGCGUUAGGAAAGCGUGACAGAAGCGAUACUUACACGUAGUAUCGAUUCUGAGUAGUUGAAAACAACCGAUUGUAUUUCUCGCCAACGGCUACCUUUUGCAGCGAUUUAUUAGCGCAUUUACACGCGCGACAGAAACUAUUUAGUCGCAAAGUAUUGAUUCAGCACUAAUGCAAACGCGCGACUGUUUAUCUAGAUUCGCUACUAACGUGCGACUACUAACUGUGAAAGAAGAGCUGGGUUGAGAUCUAUGUAUUCUAGUAUAGACUGUGGCGAUACUACAUUGCGUUUAUUUUGCGACUGUUUCGAUGCUAAACCAUGGUAUCAAGGUCUUAGACUGCAUCGUCACUUACCAUCAGGUGAAAUUGCAGUCGAAGGCUAACUAGUAGUGGAAUAAAAAUAAUGAGAACUAACCGAAAUUACAGACUGGAAUCUCGGAGUUAACUCGUGACCGCUGUAAUAUCGGUCGAUAUUCUGUGUGUAAUUUGCGUGUAAAAUGAGCUAUUUUCUAACUACGUUUACGUAUUCCAUAUAAAAUUAGCGCCAUCUAGCUACAAUACUUAGAAACCGUUCUGUCACUUGAUGCCGCAAUCUCGAUACCAUAUAAUUCGUAGUUAACAUUCGCGCAAUCGAAGAAGUAAACGUAGGUAGAAGAUCUCGCACUCUUUGGCUUUUGCGAAAGGCAUCAUCUGUCAGACUAUACAACUCUGUCACAUUUGUAGUGGAAGUUAUAAACAUGAUGGUUUGUUCACACAACCGAAAUUACUGAAAGGAAUUUUGGUGAAUAAUUACAUUAAAUAAAUUUGUCGAACCAAACAGAACUGUCAAGUUAACAGUCGCAAUUGUUAGAUGACAGUUUAUUUCACAAAACCGAAAUCUCUGAGACGAAUCUUGUUCUUAUCUUGUGACUCGCCGAAUUAUUUAUCGGUCAAUAUUACGUGUUUAUUAAUCGCAUCUGCGUCACAGUCUGUCAAAGUCAAACAACACAAAACUGCCAUGUUGACAGUAACGGUUUCCUGUCAACACGACAGUUUGUAUGAGUCAUAAAGAUUACCGAUGCCUAUAGCAGGUUCAAAUUGCCUGUUAAACGUAAUAUUAUAAUGUUACGGCUUACUUAAACUUUGUCGGUAUUUAUUAAACCAUCAAUAUAUAAUUCCUAAUAAUAUUGUCAUAAUAAUGUAAUAAGGUCAUAAAUAUAGAUGUUAUUAAUAGUGCCUCGUAUUUUAUGUAAUUAGUAAUUUAUUAUAAAUUAGGAGAAUAUUUAUUUAAAUUGAUCUAUGGGCGAAAAUUUUAACUAUUACGACUAUUUAUUUAUUCACGAAGAACGAGGAAUUUUAGCUAAGUAACUCAACUAAACAAAAUUAUUUUGUAUUUGUCGGCAACACAAAUCAGUUUUAAAAUAUGGAGUCUAGUCGUCAAGUUAGGUAAGGUUUAUUAAAGAUUAUUUGAUGAA